ACAGCUUGAACAGUUCCCUUGUGACAGUUCCUUGAUGUGAUAGUCGCAAUAGAGAAGUAGCAACAACAGAAGUGCCACAGCCCUGCACCCAAGCCUUGGCGACCUUACUCCAUGACCUGUGGACGAGGACCUUUGUGUCCUGACAUGCCUGUCAAAGGUGCCCUGUCCCAGGCAGUGUACAGCCAGCCAUGGAGCAGCAGGCCCAGAUACUGAGGAGCUUCUUGGUCCAGCUGGAGAAUCAAGAAGCUGUGGAUGAGGAGGUAUCGAAUGGAAUUGCUGGGGAGUUUGCCAGAUUGAAAAGCCAGUCAACCAAGUACCGUGCUGACAAGACCUUCCCCACCAAGACAGCGGAAAAGCAGGAAAACAUCAAGAAGAACCGAUACAAGGACAUUGUUCCCUUUGACCACAGCAGAGUGAAGCUCACUCUCAACACAACUAAAAAUGACACAGACUACAUCAACGCCAGCUUCAUCAAGGGAGUGUCAGGUUCAAGGGCAUACAUUGCCACUCAGGGUCCUCUGCCCCACACUGUGCUGGAUUUCUUGAGGAUGAUUUGGGAAUACAACAUAAAGGUCAUAGUGAUGGCCUGUCGAGAGUUUGAGAUGGGAAAGAAAAAGUGUGAACGCUACUGGCCACAGAAACAAGAGCAGCCAUUUGUUUGUGAACCUUUUACAGUUUACUGUGACUCUGAGGAAAAUAAAGGAGAUUAUUUGACAAGGAUGUUAAGGCUGACUUAUCACAAUUGUAGCCGAACUUUGAAACAGCUGCACUAUAUCAACUGGCCAGAUCACGGUGUACCAGACUCCAUUCCUCCCCUCGUGGAAAUGUUGCAUGAGAUGCGUUCCUAUCAGCCCCAUGAUGACAUCCCUAUCUGCAUUCACUGCAGUGCUGGCUGUGGUAGAACAGGAGCCCUGUGUGCCAUUGAUUAUACUUGGAACCUCCUGAAGAAACAGAUGAUCACUCCAGAUUUCAACAUCUACGACUUAGUUCAAAACAUGAGAACCCAGAGACCCUCAGUGGUUCAAACCAAGGAACAAUAUGAUCUGGUGUACAGAACCAUCAAGUUCCUGUUUCAGAGAUAUUUACAGUCCACUGAUGAACAAACCCACAAAAAUGAGGUGACAAUGGUCCCAUCUGCCAUCACAGCGAACAGCGAUUGUGAGCUCUUGCAUCUGAGGGAGGAUCUGGAUCUUCUGCCACAACUUCAGCACCUGUUGGAUGAGGCGAGGGAUGAUUUACAACAGUACGACACAUCCCUGCCUUCCGCUUCAGAAAAUCACAUGGCUGUUAGAGCUCAAGACAAACACAUGGACCAGCAACAAUGGCACCUACCUUGGGCCCAUGCUGACACUGUGGUCAUCAGACAGGACCUGCAAGAGGGACCCAGGACUUCACCCAAAACGGUGCACACGAGCCAGAGAACCUCAGCAGUAGAGGGGCGCAUACAGGAACGCGAUGACAUGCCAUCACUGAACCCUCCACCUUCAUCAGGUGUGCCAGAGGCCGUUUGUCUGAUGGUGGAGGACCCUUACUUUGACACUCCUGUGAGCUCCCCUUCAUCAGAGGAGGUACCUGUUGACUCUACUGAGGACACCAAACAAUGGACAGCUGGCCCUGUGUUCAGCACACCCUCGUUGUUUUUGAAUAACCAGACACUGGAGCUUACCUCUCCUGUCUCAGAUGCUGCUGAAGCUAAUACAGAUGAGGAGGCAGCUCCUCCACUACCUGAACGAACCCCAGAAUCUUAUGAACUGGCAGUGGACAUAGACGACUCAGAUCCCUGCGAAAGGUUAUCGGUUAUCAUGCCACAUAAUGCUGCUGCUGAGGCUGUCGGGGAUUGGGGAGGCAGCCCCCCUUCACCUGCCCCCCCACUUCCAGAGAGAACCCCUGAAUCAUUUGAGUUGGCUAUUGAUCAAGCUCCCGUGGAGCAGAACGUUGAGUUCAGGCCAGCAACGAGCCUGAGCAGAAUAGGAAUGUCUUCAGAAUGGUCUGGUAACUCAAAGCCAGCUGCCACUGCUCUUCAGACUGAGACAAAACACUGGGUGAGGAGUAAGAGUCUGAGAGCAAAAAUGACCUUCACAGCGCCAGUAACACAUCUUGCAUCAAAUACAACUUCAAACCUCCAUCCUACAUGUCAACCUCUGGACCCACUGACUCCUCUGCUGUGUUCUCACACUGAGGACAUCCCGACUCUUCCCCUUCCUGAAAGAACCCCAGAGUCCUUCAUCCUCAAUACAGAUGAGUCUCUUGAGACAGCUACCCCGCAGCCCUUAGAAACAGCACAGCCCUCAUCAAGGGUAGGCACGUCAUCUGAGUGGGAUGGCAACUCUCAGCCCAAGAAAUUCUUCAAUGCUGUCAUGAGCAGAAGCAAGACUGUUCGAGUUAAAAGCUCAAGUCAAGGUAAGCUAUUUUUGAAGGAAGACUCCUUCCUCUUCUGCUUUCACUUUACUUGACCUUGUUUCUCUUAUAGUCACAAAUUCCAUGAAAAAAAAACAAAAAAAACAAAAACCAACAACAACCUAGUCCCAAAGCUGUCUGUGGCACUGAGGCCCAAGCCCAUUUGUUCCACCUGCAGAAGUAAAUUCUUGAAAAAUUCAUGAGUAUAUAUUUUCAUUAAAAAAAAAUCGAAAUAAUUUCUGGACACUGUGGUUCAUAUGAAAUGUUACUCAAACAGGACUAUACAGUGUAUUUGGUGCAGUAGUGAUUAUUUAAAAUAGAUGGACCAUUUUUGUGGGUCCGACUGAAAAUAAACUACAGUACUAGUAUCCAUUGGAAUAACCACUGCAUUUGUUUCCAGUACUUUAAUGCAGCAGUUUAGGUCAGUGUGCAAAUGAUUUUGUGUACCAGUAAUGCACCAGUUGGUAGCAUUUUUCAAGGUUUCAUCUUUUUGUUUGUUAAGAACAUACAACAGAGUGUAGAUUAAAAUGAAUUUGUGGAAGUACCUAUCUUCACCACCGGGAGUCAUCCUUUAUCAACGCAAGGUACAAAACUUUGACUGGUAAAA